AUGGGCGACAUUGAAGACAGCUUUGGUGACCUGCCCGGGCCGGCCAACCCUGGAGAAGAAGUAUCUGUCAAAAUCAGGAGCACAAAGAAGAAUAAUGCUCAAGAAAAAGGCCAGAUGGAUUCAUUUGUACCCGGUACGUGCGCGGUGUGGCUUCGAACGUGGGGUUGUAGCCAUAAUUCGUCUGAUUCCGAGUACAUGGCGGGAAUCCUAGCGAAUAGUGGGUACCGAAUCGUUGGGGACAAGACUGCGGCUGAUGUCUGGGUCUUGAAUUCUUGCACUGUCAAGACUCCCUCGGAGCAGCAGGCAUCCAACUUGGUGAAAGAAGGUCAAGGCGGCGGCAAGAAAAUUGUAAUGGCCGGCUGCGUGAGUCAAGCUGCACCGGAUGAGCCGUGGCUAAAAGGGAUUUCGAUCGUCGGCGUCAAACAAAUCGAUCGCAUCACUGAGGUGGUAGAAGAAACACUAAAGGGCAAUACUGUGAGGUUGUUAUCGAGGCGACGGCCUGAUGCCGGGCUGUCAUUGCCGAAGAUGAGAAAGAAUGAACUCGUAGAGGUCUUGGCGAUAAAUACGGGCUGUCUAAACCAUUGCACCUAUUGCAAGACAAAGUUGGCACGCGGUGAUUUGAAGAGCUAUCCGAUUGAGGAAUUGGUGGAACAGGCUCGAACGGCUUUUGAGCGAGAUGGCGUCAAAGAGCUGUGGUUGACCAGCGAAGAUCUUGGAGCUUAUGGUCGGGAUAUCGGCUUGGUUUUGCCCGACUUACUCAACGAGCUGAUCAAAGUGGUCCCCGAAGGCUGCAUGAUGCGACUUGGAAUGACUAAUCCACCAUAUAUUCUCGACCAUUUGGAGGAAAUCGCAGCGAUCCUUCGCCAUCCACGAGUCUACGCCUUUUUACAUAUCCCAGUACAAUCCGGCAGCGAUGGCGUCUUAAAUGACAUGAAACGCGAGUACAACAGCCAUCAUUUUCGCCAGAUUGUUGAUUACAUGCAGGGAAACGUCCCGGGCAUUUAUAUAGCGACGGAUAUGAUUUGCGCCUUCCCAACGGAAGGUGUGGAGGAUUUUGAGGAAUCCAUGCAACUUGUACGAGACUAUCGCUUCCCUUCUUUGUUCAUCAACCAGUUUUUCGCGCGUACUGGAACGCCUGCAGCGCGUAUGAAGAAGGUUCCGAAUGAUGAAGCUAAAAGGCGCACUGCGGAGAUGAGCAAGCUGUUCAGGAGUUAUUCUCGGUACGACGACUCUCGAAUCGGCGAAGAAAUGGACGUACUGGUUUGUGAGAUGGCCAGCGAUGGGGUCCACGGUGUCGGGCACAACAAAAACUAUGAGCACAUCCUUGUUCCGAAUCCCGACCAAGUGAUGGGCCAAUGGGUACGCGUACGAAUCACGGGCGUCUCCAAAUUUCACAUGUCGUCGGAGCCGGUCAAUCCGUUACCUCCACGGCCGUCAAAGCCGAGCCAGGCUCGUAGCCGACCCUCCUCAAACAUAAUCAAUCCUAAAUUGUUUUUCUUUGCCCUGCUAACCGUUCUAAUUGCAUUUUUCCUGUUCAAAUUGUUCGCCGGAUAUCCC